UCCAGUACAGAGCAAUCCCCAGUGCGGCCUUCCCUGCUAAGUGCCCACCCCAAGAAGAAGAUCACGACUAACUUUAACAUCCUGAGUGAUGAUCUAGACGAUGACGGGGUGGAUCCAGCUGAGGGUUUGGAGUGGGAGAAUGAUACACCUAUCAAACGGUCGGAUCCACUCCCUGAAUUCUCUGCUCGGGAUGAAUACCGCGAGUCUAAACUCUGGAAGGGGGUGGAGAUCGGAGGAAAACAGAUGAAGAUUGACCUCAAGGUCAUUGAGCCAUAUAAAAAGGUCCUCUCUCAUGGAGGUUACUAUGGAGAGGGACUAAAUGCCAUUAUUAUUUUCUCGGGAUGUUACUUACCAGACCACAGUAGGAAAGAUUAUCAGUAUGUGAUGGAUAAUUUAUUUAUGUAUGUGAUAAGUACGUUGGAGACCCUGGUUGCCGAGGACUACAUGAUUGUUUAUUUCCAUGGAGCCACACCACGGCGACAGAUGCCAAGCUUUGGUUGGCUGAAAAAAUGUUACCAGAUGAUUGACAGAAGAUUGAGGAAGAAUCUGAAGUCCUUAAUGCUGAUUCAUCCCACUCUGUGGCUUAGAACUAUAGUCAUGAUGACCAGACCAUUUAUCAGUGCCAAAUUUUCCUCCAAGCUGCGGUUUGUCCGGUCGCUGUCAGAACUAGGUCAGAUCAUUCCCAUGGAGUAUAUUUCUGUCCCAGAACAAGUACAACAGUACGAUGAUAGAAUAAUACAGCACCAGGCUAAAGUUACCUCCCCUAUCUCUCACUCUCCUGAACCUCUUACCUCCCCUUCCUAAUCCCAGAGCAGCACACACAGCACAUUUAUCACAACAGGCAAG